UCGCUUUAAUUUUCAGUUCGGUUUUAGAGAUAUAGAGGACCCUGCACGCUCCGGGAUAGAACCCAGUGCUGAUGUAAGUUAUGGAAGUUGCAUAGUGGCCGAAAGCAGAGCAGUUAUGCAAACAGCUUCAUGAAAUAGUGAUGAGGAGAAGCAAUUCCAUCAAACUUCUCAACAACUUCAAACCCUCUGGACCAUCCAAUGUUCUUCAGACAAUACCAAACCCACUUUAUCAUCUUCUUCCCAAAACCCUAAACCCCAACAACAUUGUCAACAUCAUUUGCUCAUCUCUCAAACACCACACUCACAACAACAAUACCCAUUUUACCCUUGACAUCAACCACCUUCUUCCCCAUCUGGGCCCUCAUGAAAUCUCUAGGGUUUUAUUGAGAUGUCAGUCUGAUUCCAUUUCAGCUCUUACUUUCUUUAACUGGGUUAAACAUGAUCUGGGUAUCAAACCCACUACCCAGAACUACUGUUUUCUUCUCCAUAUUUUGGCUUGGUCCAAGGAAUUUAAGAAUGCUAUGAAGUUUUUACUUGAGUUGGUUAAAGAUUGUUCGUUUAAUGAAGAUUUGUUUCAAAGUUUGGUUCUUUGCUGUCAAGAUUGUAAUUGGGAUCCUGUCAUUUUCGAUAUGCUCGUUAAGGCGUAUGUGAUCGAGGGUAUGAUUCAACGGGGUUUUAGUACCUUUAUGAAGACUAUGGAGGUUGGUUAUGUUCCUAGUGUGAUUUCUUGUAAUAGAUUAUUGAAUGGAUUGUUGAAGUUUAAGUGUUUUGAUCAGUGUUGGCAAGUUUAUAUCGAGAUGGAGAGAGUUGGAAUACACCCGAAUUCACACACUUUUAAUAUAUUAACUAAUGUUUUUUGCGAAAAUGGUGAUGUUAAUAAGAUUAAUGAUUUUUUGGAGAAGAUGGAGGAAGAAGGGUUUGAGCCGGAUAUUGUGACGUAUAAUACUUUGAUCGGUUGUUAUUGUAGGAAAUCGAGAUUGAAUGAUGCGUUUUAUUUGUAUAAGAUAAUGUAUAGGAGGAAUGUGUUGCCGGAUUUAGUUUCGUAUACUGCGUUGAUGGGUGGUCUUUGCAGAGAAGGGAAGGUGAGAGAGGCUCAUCAGCUUUUCCAUAGAAUGUUUCACCGAGGUCUAAAUCCCGACAUUGUUUCAUUUAACACGCUUAUUUGUGCUUAUUGUAAGGAAGGGAAGAUGCGCGAGUCUAAGUCAUUGUUAUAUCAGAUGAUAGGAAGUGGGAUUUGCCCAGAUGAGGUUACUUAUCGAGUUCUUGUGGAAAGGUAUGGAAAAGAUGGUCGGAUAAUCUCAGCUUUGAAUUUGGUUGUGGAGCUUGAGAGAUUUGGUGUUCCGAUGGGUUGGGAUAUUUAUGACUAUCUCUUAGUUUCUGUAUGUGAUGAAAAUCGACCAUUUGCGGCAAAGAGUCUUCUCGAAAGAAUCUCCCCGCGUGGUUAUGCACCUGGUGUGGACAUCUAUAAUAAACUCAUCGAAUCCCUCUGCAAUAUUGAUUCCGUAGCUGAUGCAUUACUAAUAAAAGCGGAGAUGUUUUGCAAAAAUGUAAGACCCAAUGCUACUACAUAUAAAGCUCUCAUAUGCUGCUUAUGCAGAACAAGUAGAAGUAGUGAGGCUGAAUCUUUUAUGGAAGAAAUGCUUCAAUCCGGCAUGUCACCUGAUACGGAAAUAUGUCGGGCAAUGAUCCAUAUGUACUGUAAGGAGAGGAGCGUUGGUAAAGCAGAAACAUUAUUGAAAUUCUUUGCCAAGGAAUUUGAUAUUUUUGAUACUGAGAGUUACAAUACACUAGUAAAAACCCUUUGCGAGGAUGCUGAUACUACUAAGUCGAUGGAGCUGCAAGAUAGGAUGCUGAAAGUGGGGUUUGUACCAAAUAGAUUAACUUUCAGGCACGUGAUCCGUGGUUUAUGGAAAACUAUGACAGUAGAAAAAAAGACGCUUCUUCUUGAAUGAGAUACGUGAUUGAAAUUUCCGAGUUAGUAUGCCGGAAUCUGAUGUCAUGCUGGAAGGGUCAUUGUCAGUGCCUAGAUGAAGAUUCCCUCAGCUCUCUAGAUUACAUGCUGAAAGCUGAGAAGUGUAUGGAAGUCCUGUUUUCCUUAUUGCCCACAUCAAUAUCAGCCGUCACUAUAGGAGUAGAUAUGCUAAACCCUGUAAAAGAGCGGCAUGAAGUAGUCAAAUGUUUAGCAAAGGCUCGAGGGGAUCGGUUGUUGAACUUCCUGCAGGUUCCGUUGCUAUAUCAAUCACCCAAAGGACGUAAAGUUCGAUGCAGUCCUAAAGAAGAUUGUAAUAAAAGUCAAACUAGCGUGGAUUGAUUCCAUCUCGUGGACAGAGAUUGGAAGAAUUAAGGCUUAUGUUUUGAAUUCUAAAUCAGACGUUGCAGGUAUUUGGAAUGUGCUUGUUGAAGUAGUAGCAGCUUUACAGGAUGCCGAGGGAAGUGUCAGAAGACAGUGGCUUCUAGAUGCAGUGGCAAUUAGCUGUGUAUCGAAUUAUCCUUCUACAGCGCUUCGAUUUCUUGGUCUCCUAUCUGGUAGCUGCUGCAAAUAUAUGCCUCUUCUAUUUCUAGACAGAUUAACUGUAUUGAGUGAUCUACCGGUUACCCUUACCUCUCUUUUGACAGAAUCCAGUUGGGAAACUAUUGCAGAAUCCGUCAUUUCUUAUUUUUAUGCGUCUACAGAAUGCAUAUAUUGCUGGGCUACCAACAUGGUACUCCUUGAUGAUACACCUAGUUUGCAACUCAUCGAUGAUAGAGAAAAUGACGUGCUUCCUUUUCUGUUGUCGGUGAUGCAUCAUACUUGUUUAUCUUUGAAAGAAUACUUACCUCUGGACAAACAGCUUAGGCUUGCCGACAUGGUAGUCUGUCCUGGAUAAAUUCUUCCCGGCCUGGAAAAAGAAUCCGGUCAUGUAUAAUGACUUGUGUUUUCCGACAAGGAGGUGAUUGAGCAUUGUGUAUGACUCUAAAUAGAGGGAACUUAUUAUAGCAGUUUUUUUUCUUCCCUUGAAAUGGAGUCACCGGGGUCUAAAUCCAGACUUUGUUUCAUUUAACACGCUUAUUUGUGCUUAUUGUAAGGAAGGGAAGAUGCGCGAGUCAAAGUCAUUGUUAUAUCAGAUGAUAGGAGGUGGGAUUUACCCAAAUGAGGUUACUUAUCAAGUUCUUGCGGAAAGGUAUGGAAAGGAGGGUAGGAUAAUUUCAGCUUUGAAUUUGGUUGUGAAGCUGGAAAGAUUUGGUAUUCCGGUGUCUUGUGAUAUUUAUGACUAUUAGUUUCCGUGUAUGAAGAAAAUCGACCAUUUGCAGCAAAAGAGUCUUCUCGGAAGAAUCUCCGUGUGUGGUUAUGCACUUGGUGUGGACAUCUAUAAUAAACUCAUCGAGUCUCUGAAAUACUGAUUCAGUAGCUGAUGGAUUACUUGUAAAAACGGAGAUAUUUUGUAAAAAAGUAAAACCGAAUGUUAUUACAUAUAAAGCUCUCAUAUGCUGCUUAUGCAAAACAAGUAGAAGUAGUGAGGCUGAAUCUUUAAUGAAAGAAAUGAUUGAAUCCGGUAUUUCACCUGAUGUUGAAAUAUGUCGGGCAAUGAUCCAUGUGUACUCCAAGGAGAGGAACGUUAGUAAAACCGAAACAUUAUUAAAAUUCUUUUCCAAGGAAUUUGAUAUUUUUGAUACCGGGAGUUGCAA